AUGACCUCUGCAAUCGAUAAUUUUCGAGGUUCACCAUCAGAAUACAUAUUGUACCUUGAGAAAACAAUCAUUUCAUUGAGACAACGUCAGGCUCAAUGCCAUUGUCAUGCUGCUUCUCCACAUACUCAGGCGAACGACCAUGAUCAUGUCGAACGAAGCGGACAUGAGGAACUGGAAAUUGUCCAGUUCUGUCCCACGGCGAGCUCCCCGACAACGAAUGUGACAAAGAAGAGAAGGUUGGAGAGACACAUGCCCCGAUGGCAAGAGAAGGUCUUAACACUCGUUGAGGAAACUCCCAAGGCGAGCAAAUGGAUUCUCAGGCUUCAGGAGAAGGGUAUAUUCGAUGCAAUGUGCAAUGGCAAGGCCGUCAGCAAUCUCCUGCUCCUGGACGCCGAAAGAGAGACUAGGACUACAUCUCGUGAAGACUUCUCUAUGACUAGAGUAUUCCGAUCGAGCCCACUCGCCCGCAUCGAACAUUAUGCGCGUGUAUCAGUGCAGAAGGAGAUGACUGCCGCUGUAGCCACAUCACUGGCGAACUACCAAAAACUCCUGGUCCUCUCUGCAUGUGUCGUGUUGGCAGGUACGGGCACCGCGAGUGAGGACGUUUACGGUAUUGUUAGGAUCUGUAUGGGUAACGACGUGACCGACGUGCACUGCAGGAGAAUACUGCGAGGCUGCCGAUUUGUGCACGAAUUGAUGGACACUCUGUAUAUGGGUGGUUGGGGCCUUCGAGCCUUUGAGCUUCUCCUCCUCUGGAACAAGACGCCGGCCUUUUACUGCACAGUUGCCUAUGCAUACGGGCCUAGUCUUGAGCUAUUGAAGGAUAGGCUUUGCAACAAGGAACUCACAGGAGAUGUCGAGAUGAGUCCUGCUACUUGGACAUCGAUCUUUGCGCCCAAGAUCAUUAAGGAUAUUCUGGGCGAGUGCAUCGAGGUUGCGAAAGUUGCAGAGCUUCUUGGCUACAAGUACACCUCUCUGUUCAACACACGCGUAAAUGCGUGGGAUUAUCGAGAAUCCCCAGAUCAAUCGCAGGUCAUGCGUGUAGAAUAG